CCCCCACCCCUCCUGCCACCAUUCCCCUGGCAAAAGAGCAUCUGGUGAGUGCAAAGGGGCCUCUCCGGGAAGGGGAGAUUCCCCCGGGAGGAAAGAGCAGGGGACGGCGUUGCAUUGUUGCAAUGGCAUUGCACUAUUGCAAUGGCAUUGCAUGGUUGCAAUGCAGUGAAUUGCAUUGUUGCAAUGCCUUGCAUUACAGCGUUGCAACACGUUGCAUUGUUGCAGUGCGCUGCAAUGCAUUGCAGAGGAGUGGGCUUUGGUCGGGUCCCGUGGGGGAGAGAAGCGCAAGGCAGGCAGAAGGAGGCAGACAGGGAUCCCCCGCUCCUGCACCAUCCCUCUUUUUUCAGUCCCUACAAAGGGAGACGGGGUGGGGGGGGGAACCUCCAGGCUGUCACUAUUGGGGAUGGGGGCGGGGAUUCAAACGCAUACCGGAUCUAAAGGUUUGCAGAACUGUCGUCAAAGGCCCACUAUUAAUAUAAAUCAGGGGUCAGCAAACUCUUUCGGCAGGGGGCCGGUCCACUGCCCAUCAGACCUUGUGGGGGGCCGGACUAUAUUUUUGGGGAAAAUGAACGAAUUUCUAUGCCCCAUAAAUAACCCAGAGAUGCAUUUUAAAUAAAAGCACACAUUCUAGUCAUGUAAAAACACGCUGGUUCCCGAACCGCCCGCGGGCCGGAUUGAGAAGGCGAUUGGGCCAGAUCCGGCCCCCGGGCCGUAGUUUGCCUACCCAUGAUAUAAAUUAAAAGCCAGACUUUUGGGAUCCUCUCCAGAGGGUCUCCUUUGUUGAGCCCUGAUUUGCUUUGCUUUGCGGAAAGCUUGCACGGUGCUUAAAGCAGUUCCCCCCCACUUCGUUUUGCUUGUAGAGCUCAAACCUCACCACAUUAUUAUUAUUUUUAUUAUUAGUUAUGAAUUUUGUAUACUACCCGUUUCCUGAAAAUCGCAGGGCGGUUGACAAUGUAAAAAUACAAAACGAGAACAUAAAAGACAGAGAAUAACAAAUAACCCUCCUCCCGCAAACACAGUUACAAACUUCAAAAAGGAAAAAUAAAAAUGUAAUAGAUCCCACUCCCCCUAGGUGACAGAGUACUUGAAUCCGCUUUUAAUUGAGUAAACCUCAGUUUCCUGCUGUGUAAAUUGGAAAAGAGGAAACCGCCCUGUACGUUCACACUGUACAGUGGUACCUCGGGUUACAUACGCUUCAGGUUACAUACAGUUCAGGGUACAGACUCUGCUAACCCAGAAAUAGUACCUCGGGUUAAGAACUUUGUUUCAGGUUAAGAACAGAAAUCGUGCGCCGGCGGCACGGCGGCAGCAGGAGGCCCCGUUAGCUAAAGUGGUGCUUCAGGUUAAGAACAGUUUCAGGUUAAGGACGGACCUCCGGAAUGAAUUAAGUACUUAACCCGAGGUACCGCUGUACAUUUAAAGCACUCGUAUACCACUUUAAGCAGUCAUGCCUCCCCUCCCCACAAAGCACCCUGUGAACUGUAGUUUGUUAAGGGUGCUGAGAGUUAGUAGGAGACACCCCCCCUUCCCCUCAGAGAGCUACAACUCCCAGGGUGGCUUAGCAAUCAACCCCCCCUUCCCAGCAAACUGUGAAAUGUAGGGGGGUGUCUCUUAAUAACUCUCAACACCCCUUUAACAAACUGCAGCUCCCAGGAUGUUUUUUUGGGGAAGCCGUGAAUGUUUAACAUGGUAUCAUAGAAUUGUAGAGUUGCGAGGGACCCCUAAGGGUCAUCUAGACCAACCCCUGCAAUGCAGGAAUAUCACAGUUCUUUAAAUGUGUGGUGUGAAUAGGCCUCUAUCAGGACCACUGGUCCACCUUCAUCAAUAUUGUUUAAUAAUAAUAAUAAUAUUCAUCAAUAUUGUUUAAUAAUAAUAAUAAUAUUCAUCAAUAUUGUUUAACAACAACAACAAUUUAUUACUUAUACAACAACAACAACAAUUUAUUACUUAUACAACAACAACAACAACAACAACAAUUUAUUACUUAUACAACAACAACAACAACAACUAUUUAUUACUUAUACCCUGCCCAUCUGGCUGGGUUUCCCCAGCCAUUCUGGGCGGCUCCCAACAAAAUAUUAAAAAUACAAUAGAACAUCAUACAUUAACUUCCCUAAACAGGGCUGCCUUCAGAUGUCUUCUGAAAGUAAUAUAGUUUAUCUCCUUGAUCUCUGAUGAGAGGGCGUUCCACAGGGCGGGCGCCACUACCGAGAAGGCCCUCUCUCCGCCUGGUUCCCUGUAGCCGCACUUCUCGCAGUGAGGGAACCGCCAGAAGGCCCUCGGAGCUGGACCUCAGUGUCCGGGCUGAACGAUGGGGGUUGAGACGCUCCUUCAGGUAUGCAGUGGUACCUGGGGUUAAGUACUUAAUUCGUUCCGGAGGUCCGUUCUUAACCUGAAACUGUUUUUAACCUGAAGCACCACUUUAGCUAAUGGGGCCUCCUGCUGCUGCUGCGCCGCCGGAGCACAAUAUCUGUUCUCAACCUGAAGCAAAGUUCUUAACCCGAGGUACUAUUUCUGGGUAGCGGAGUCUGUAACCUGAAGCGUAUGUAACCCUCAGGUACCACUGUACAGGACCGAGGCCAUUUAGGGCUUUAAAGGUCAGCACCAAUACUUUGAAUUAUUUUUCAAAUGCGCCUCGGAAGUCAAACGGCUCCCAAGGUGCGUUUCUCAAUUCUCUCUCUCUUUUAAAAAAUAAAUCUUUAUUGAUUUGAAUUAAAAAAUAUCAAAACGCAACGACUUUUAAUACAAACAUAAAGCAUAAUAAAUAAAUAAAUAAAUAAAUAAAAUAAAAAAGAGAAAAAAAUACAUACUAUUAUACAUUUCAUAUAUGUAAAUGCCAUAUCAUGUUUACACAUAAAUUCAUAUCAAUACAAGCUCACAAAAAAGAAUAAAAACAUUACUGUGAAUUAGCUAAAAAAGACUUCCCAGUAUUUUCAUUUGCUAUAUCUAUUCUUUCCUCUAUAAUGCACAGUCUCAAAUUAACUUAAUCAUUUUCGUAUGUGCAAACACAAUAUCAUUUCCACCUUUUAUUUACAAGAAUCACUCUAGUUCUACCAGGAGAUUCUUAUUCUUACAAUAGUUUUUUAGGUAUUCUUAAAAUAUUCUCCAUUCUUUAUAUACACUCUGUUUUGAUUGAUCUCUUACUCUCCCUGUCAUCUUUGCUAGCUGGAGAUACUCUGUCAUUAGGGCUUGCCACUCUGCUAUCACUUCAUUUUUCCAAUUUCUUGCCACUAAUAUUCUGGCUGCCGUUGUUGCAUACAUGAACAAUGUUUCAUAAUUUUCUCAAUGGAAUUUGCCGCCUGCCCAUUGCGCCUUGGUUGUCAAACGUUUCGGAGGUCUAACCGUCUUCCAGAAAGGAUUCUGUUCGACAACUGAGGUAUUAAUAAUAAUAAUAGUAAUAAUAAUACAGUUAUACCUCAUGUUACGUUUGCUUCAGGUCGCGUGUUUUCAGGUUGUGUCCCGUGGUGACCCGGAAGUAACGGAACGGGUUACUUCCGGGUUUCGCCACUCACGCAUGCGCAGAUGCGCAAAAUGACGUCAUGCGCAUGCACAGAAGUGACAAAUCGCGCCCUGCGCAGACGUGGGUUGCAUUCUUUUCAGGUUGCGAACGAGAUUCCUGAAUGGAUCCCAUUCGCAACCAGGGGUACCACUGUAAUAAGAAAAAAUCAGAGGACGUUUUCCGGCCUCCAGCUAUUGAUCUGGCUGCAGCCAAGAGGAAAUGAAUAAGAUAUUUAUGGAGGAGUUUGAGGCCAGGGAAAACAAGAGAAGGGGCUACUUUGUGGGCGGCCCAGUGAUUUUAGAAAUGCGAUCAAAGAUUGUGUCGCCAACACUGUAGAGACCUAGAGGCAAAACCACCGCAUGUGGGCGCAUAACUUACUUACCGUAUUUUUAGCACCAUAACACUCAUUUUUUUCCUCCUAGAAAGUAAGGGGAAAUGUCUGUGCGUGUUAUGGAGGGAAUGCCUACGGGUGGCAUGCCUACGGAUUUUCCUCCUCUAAAAACUGUGUGUUAUGGUCGGGUGCGUGUUAUAGAGUGAAAAAUACGGUACUUAUUACCUGCCAUUCACGCUAAGGUUCCAGGGCAGGUUACAGCAUUACAAACAGUAUUUUAAAUUUUUUUUCCAAACAGCUCUUCAAUCUCUGGUUUCUCACUGAGCCUUAACACUGGCCUGUUUUUCCUGCAGGCAGAAACCCCAGUUGGUUGCUAGCUGGAAUUGUCCGCACCGGCUUGUGAAAAUACCUUUGCUCCACGCAGAAGAACUCCAACCCUUUGCAAGCCUCCGAUCCGGACAGCUCUUGGCUUUAACAAGAGAGAAAUUGGCGGGAGAAUAUCUUUACGGCGAUCUCGGAAGCCGCCUUGGAGUACAGAGCGAAGAUGGAGGAGCGAACCGCAGCUGGCCCUGACGCUGUUGAGAUUGGGAGCCGUGGGACAUACAGGGAAAAGUCUGUCCCAGAGAUCCCGGGGGUGGACAAUGCCAGCUCUGAUGACCAGCGCCAGCGCUUCAGAGGGUUACUCUACCAGGAGGCCAAGGGACCCCGAGAGGUUUGCAGCCGACUCCACAGUCUCUGCCGUCGGUGGCUGAAGCCAGAAAGGCUCACCAAGGCCCAGAUCCUGGACCUGGUGGUCUUGGAGCAGUUCCUGGCUGUCCUCCCCCCGGAGAUGGAGAACUGGGUCAGGGAGUGCGGAGUGGAGACCUGUUCUCAGGCGGUAGCCCUGGCCGAAGGCUUCAUCCUGAGCCAGGUGGAGGGGAAGAAGCAGGGAGAGGAGAAGCAGGUGAGAGAAUAUUUUCAUCUUGGUGGUUCCAAGGAGGAGAAAGCUAUCAAUGGCUACUAGCCAUGGUGGUUCUCUGCCUCUGCAGUGGGAAGCAGCCAUACUUCUGAAUACACCAAAGUUUCCCACAGGCAUUUGGUUGGUUGCUGUGAGAACAAGUUCACAUCUAGUAACCAAUGUGCCCUUUUGGUUUCAGGUAGUGCAUGGGUAAGGGUAAAGGGACCCCUGACCAUUAGGUCCAGUCGUGGCCGACUCUGGGGUUGCGGCGCUCAUCUCGCUUUACUGGCCGAGGGAGCCGGCGUACAGCUUCCGGGUCAUGUGGCCAGCAUGACUAAGCCGCUUCUGGCAAACCAGAGCAGCGCACGGAAACGCUGUUUACCUUCCCGCCAGAGCAGUACCUAUUUAUCUACCUGCACUUGGACAUGCUUUCGAACUGCUAGGUUGGCAGCAGCAGGGACCGUGCAAUGGGAGCUCACCCCGUUGUGGGGAUUUGAACCGCCGACCUUCUGAUUGGCAAGUCCUAGGCUCUGUGGUUUAACCCACAGCGCCACCCGCGUCCCAUUUUACAGAUAUAUAUCAACCAUAAAUCAUAAACCAAGGAAUCUCCUGGACUUCCAUCCUCUCCUUUGUGGGUCCUAAUUUAAUCAGGGAAUUUAAUUUAAUUAGGGCAGCUUUUAAUGUUUGAUUCAUUACUGUAUUUUAAUAUUUUGUUGCAAGUUGCCCAGAGUGGCUGGGGAAGCCCAGCCAGAUGGGUGGGGUAUAAAUAAUAAAUUAUUAUUAUUAUUAUUAUUUUCUCCUGCAUCUUUUUUUGAUGAUCCAAAGCUUUUACUUCUCCGUUGUGUCCAGAAUUCACCCUUAAACUCCAAGUGAUAUUCCAGUCCUACCAAAGAUUUUAACUGUAUACAACGGUCUUUAAGAUAAAGUUCCAAAUUUACCCCGUUCCUUAUUAAAAUUUUGGUCUUCCUGAUUCUUCCGGUCAUGUUAGCCAUUGCAGCAUAGUCCAUCAACUUCAUCCGCCAUUGUUCUCUUGUAGGAACCUUGUCUUCUUCCCAUCUCUCUGUAUGCGGAAGGUCCCGUACUUCUCCCUCUGAAAUCCCAUCGGAAGCUGCCGCGCACAGAGCCAGACCAUUGGUCUCUCUAGCUUCAGUACUGUCCACACUAAACGGUCAGCAGCUCAACAGGAUUUCAGGCAGGAGCCUCUCCCAACCCCACCUGUAGAAGCCAGGGAUUGAACCUGUGACCUUCUGCUUGCAAGCAAAUGCUCUUCCACUGAGCUGUGGCCCUUCCGAGGUUGAAAUCGUCAUCAUCAUCAAACCUUUCAUUGGCAUCACAUACAACAUCCAAAACAAAUCAAUACAGAAUUACCACUUCCCCAGUGGCACAAAACAUUUGCUAAAAGAAAGGAGGCAGAGCAGUUUAUCGUCACAUCUCUUGGUCUCCAGGGAGAUAAUACAGUGGUGCCUCGCAAGACGAAAUUAAUCAGUUCCGCGAGUCUCUUCGUCUUGCGGUUUUUUCGUCUUGCGAAGCACGGCUAUUAGCGGCUUAGCGGCUAUUAACGGCUUAGCGGCUUUAAGAAAAAGGAAACAAACUCGCAAGAACUCGCAAGACGUUUCGUCUUGCGAAGCAAGCCCAUAGGGAAAUUCGUCUUGCGGAACGACUCAAAAAAUGCAAAACCCUUUCGUCUAGCGAGUUUUUCGUCUUGCAAGGCAUUCGUCUUGCGGGGCACCACUGUAAUAAUAUAAUAAUAACUGUUGCUGUUGUUGUUUAGUCAUUUAGUCGUGUCCGCCUCUUCGUGACCCCCUGGACCAGAGCACGCCAGGCACUCCUGUCUUUCGCUGCCUCCCGCAGUUUGGUCAAACUCAUGCUGGUAGCUUCGAGAACACUGUCCCACCAUCUGGUCCUCUGUCAUCCCCUUCUCCUUGGGCCCUCCAUCUUUCCCAACAUCAGGGUCUUUUCCAGGGAGUCUUCUCUUCUCAUGAGGUGGCCAAAGCAUUGGAGCCUCAGCUUCACGAUCUGUCCUUCCAGUGAGCCCUCAGGGCUGAUUUCCUUAAGAAUGGAUGGGUUUGCUCUUCUUGCAGUCCAUGGGACUCUCAAGAGUCUCCUCCAGCACCAUAAUUCAAAAGCAUCAAUUCUUCGGCGAUCAGCCUUCUUUAUGGUCCAGCUCUCACUUCCAUACAUCACUACUGGGAAAACCAUAGCUUUAAUAAUAAUAAUAAUUUAUAAUAAUUUAUUGUUUAUACCCUGCCCAUCUGGUUUGUUUCAUUUAAAUCAGAUUUUUUUUAUUUAAAUCGGAUUUUUAAAAUAAAAUGCUUUUGGAGGAAAAAUCUUCCUAAAGACAGUUUUCUGUUUAAGUUACAUUAUAGUCCAAGGGCUAAAAGUAAAUAAGGAAAGGCUAUCAGGAAAUAAGGAUUUGUUUUAAGUUUUUCAUGUGUGCUAAAAUUCAGUUAAAAAAAUAAAAUUAUUUAACCACAUCACUUAACCAACAUGGAUACAUAUGCGAUAAUGUUAUUGUUUUAGCUAAAUAAAUUGUUUAAAUUAUUAUUAAGGAAAUGAUGAUUUUUCUCCUUCUGAUAAAGUACAGCAGGAAAGUUGUCCAAAUAUAAACAGCCAACCUUACAAUACAGUGGUACCUUGGGUUAAGUACUUAAUUCAUUCUGGAGGUCCGUUCUUAACCUGAAACUGUUCUUAACCUGAAGUACCACUUUAGCUAAUGGGGCCUCCUGCUGCUGCCGCGCCGUUGGAGCACGGUUUCUGUUCUCAUGAAGCAAAGUUCUUAACCUGAGGUACUAUUUCUGGGUUAGCGGAGUCUCUAACCUGAAGUGUAUGUAACCCGAGGUACCACUGUAAUUUCAUUAUUAUCUGCCUAUGUAUUUCUAAUAGUAUAACCAAAUCAGUAAUUUUUGAUAUAACUGUAAAGGCUACUCUGAAAAUGUAUUGUCCCAAGAAUGAAACCUUCAUCUGGUUGUAAAUAUUAAGGUGAUACCAGCAAGAACGAGUCUUUCUGUAAAAAAAAUGAUUUAAAUCAAGUCUUACAGACUAGUGAUUUAAAUCAUGAUAUAAAUCGUGAUUUAAAUCAAUUUGAUUUAAAUCAAAUCCGCCCUGGUGGCAGGUGGGCCAUUCUCUGCUUCCUGUGUUCCUGUUCCAGCCCCACUGACUGCUGCAGAGUUUUGCAGAGCUGGAAGAAGAUGAUGCUGAAAAUCCAUCCCAGUCCCCUAGUUCUCUUCCCUGCUCCCUGAAUCAAAUCUUAGUUGCUGUUUCAGGUGCCGCGGUCCCUCCCGCAAGCGGUCACUGAUUCCCUCGAGUCAGAAAAGAACAUUCCUAAUGCCUGCAAGAAGUCACUCUGCGUGGGAAUCGCGCCAGAGAUUCGGACUCAAGAUGCGUCGCUGGGUAAGGGAGGGUUUCCUGUUCCUUGAAUUUCUGGGUGCUAUAUCGUUCUCCAGGAAAAAGUCUAGAUCUCCCUCUUCCUUUUUGUGGAUGCCUGUAAUUAAUGAGCCACUGAUCUUGCCUGUGGGGGGUGCCUGUCCAUCUCUGAGUGUGGGUCCUCCCUCCCACAACUCCCAGAGCUUAUUCCUCUCUCAGCCUGAGGGUUGAAUUCAGCAUAACUCUAAGCUAGGUAUGACUGCACGGAACAAGUUCUGUUUGCACGACAAGAGUAAAUCUGUUUGGAGUUUUCUCUUAACUCUCCAGAACAGAUUUAGCAGGCUUUGGGCAGAGGGAAAAAUCCCACUGCAAUAGUAGAUCUUGUCCGAACACACAAUUGAGUCGAAUCCCAUCUUGUCUCCUGUUUUAAUUAAUGUAUUGAUUCAAUGUCAUUGUUUUGCCACGUAUUUCAGUUAUGUUUAUAUUUUAAUUUUAACAUUUUCCUCCUCCUUCUCUCCUCUUCUCCCUCCUCUCUCUUUUUAAAACUGAUCUAUGGGGAAUCUGAAAGUGGCAAAUUAAAUGACUUGGUGACCAUAAUGUUUUAUUGUUGUUGAUGAUUAUUUAUGUCCCUUUAUAUUAUCUUGUUACCAAGUACUGUUCUGUUGUAGUGGUCUCAGGUUAUAUCCCAGUAUCGCAGCACGCUAGUAAAAAGUAUAAUUUAAAACAUCCUAAAUACAGUUUAAAGCAGUCACAAUUAUCCUUAGGGUUGCCAGGAUUUUAGCCUUCAAAUGCCUGCUUUUAAAUGCCUUAAUAUGCACAACUACAUUAUAUUAUAAGGUGGUAUAUAUAUUUAGUAGUAUUUUUGAAAUAUUUAUAUUUUAUUAAAUUUUCACAUAAUCCAUCUUAGCUACAUCACAAAUAACCAUUUUUGUUUUUUCUUUGACUUUCCAUAUUGUUCGAUAAAGACAUAAUUCAGAUAAUUCUUUACUGCCUUCUUGUUUAUAACAAUACAUUCAAUAUCAAUCUAACAAGAAGAAAUUCCAGUCUAGUCUGGCAGCUAGCUUUGCUGUUUCAACACAGCCCAUUAAUUUUAUUAACCUAUUCAUCUUUUGUAGAUGAUGUUUCCUCUUAUAUUUAGAAGUAUUAUUCCUUUUGUUUGUUAUUCGAUUUAUAUCCCACCAUUCCCUCCCAAAGGAGUUCAGGUUGGCAUUGCGAUUAUGAAAUCAUUGCAUUAUACUUUUAGCGUUUUAGAGAAAUAUUGUGUGCUGAUACCUUUCAGUGCGCGGUUGCCCCUUCAAAUUAACCAAGCAAUAAAAAAAGUUGGCAGCAUGGGCCUAACAGCAGCAGUUAUCUCCCGCUUGGACUACUGCAAUGCGCUCUACAUGGGGCUACCUUUGAAGGUGACCAGAAACUGCAAUUAAUCCAGAAUGCGACAGCUAGACUGGUGACUGGGAGUGGCCACCGGGACCACAUAACACCGGUACUGAGAGAUCUGCAUUGGCUCCCAGUAUGUUUCCGAGCACAAUUCAAAGUGUUGGUGCUGACCUUUAAAGCCCUAAAUGGCCUCGGUCCUGUAUACCUGAAGGAGCGUCUCCACCCCCAUUGCUCCGCCCGGACACUGAGGUCCAGCACCGAGGGCCUUCUGGCGGUUCCCUCAUUGCGAGAAGUGAGGUUACAGGGAACCAGACAGAGGGCCUUCUCGGGAGUGGCGCCCGCCCUGUGGAAUGCCCUCCCUUCAGAUGUGAAGGAAAUAAGCAGCUAUGUUAUCUUUAAAAGACAUCUGAAGGCAGCCCUGUUUAGGCAAGUUUUUAAUAUUUAAUGCUGUAUUGUUUUUAACACUCGAUUGGGAGCCGCCCAGAGUGGCUGGGGAAACAGCCAGAUGGGUGGGGUAUAAAUAAUAAAUUAUGAUGAUGAUGAUGAUGAUGAUGAUUAUUAGCACUGCUUUUCUAAAAGCAAAAACAACAUCUGUUUUUGCCAUCUUCUGCAGCAAGCAAUGGGGUGUUGUCCCUGACUGUCUCCGAAUCAUCUCUCAUUUGUGACAGAGCAACAGCAACAGCUUCUGCACAGUCAACUCGGGUAAGGACCGUCAGAAAAACGUGUACACGGGAUGGUUGGGGAGCCUCCACGUUCGAUAGAUUCACAGAAGUGUAGAGAUGGAAGGGACCACAUGAGGGGUAGCUAGUCCAGCCCGCUGCAAUGCAGGAAUCACACCUGAAGAAUCCCUGACAGAUGGCCACCUGACCUUCCUGCAGCCAAUCAGAAGCCGUGUUUUGGUUUCUGAAUGUUUUGGAAGUCGAACGGACUUCCGGAACAGAUUCUGUUCUACUUCCAAGGUACGAGUGUAAAUUGGGUGCCUGUCAUAUGUUGAUAGAGAUGUUAAACCCAUCAAACGACACACAACAGAGGCUGCGAGUUCUGCUUAUUUUGCUUAGGCAAAAGUUUGACUCCAGAGGGGUGGUGGAGGUAGUUUGGAAGGGGACGCUCAUUUCUUGCAAAUCGGAAAUCUUGCAGAAUCUGUUAGUCAAUCUUUCGUUUGUAUGCCACCUUUCAAAGUUAAAACCAUGCUCAAGGCAGCUUACAACAUAUAAAAAAAUUUACAUAACUACAGUGGAACCUUGGUUCUUGAACUUAAUCCGUUCUGGAUCUCCAUUCAACUCCAUUUGAAAACCAAGGCGCGGCUUCCGAUUGGCUGCAGGAGCUUCCAGCACUCAAUCUGAGGCCACGUUGGACGUUCAGCUUCCGAAAAACAUUUGCAAACUGGAACACUUACUUCCGGGCUUGCAGCGUUCAGGAGCUGAUCUGUUUGGCGACUAAGCCAUUCGGGAACCAAGGUAGCACUGUACAAGCAUAACAAAAGUAGUUGUAAACAAUAAGUGAAGCAUCAAAAAGCGCACAACCCAAUUGAACAAUUUACACAGAAGUACCGUAUUUUUUUGCUCUAUAAGACUCACUUUUUCCCUCCUAAAAAGUAAGGGGAAAUGUGUAUGCGUCAUGGAGCGAAUGCAGGCUGCGCAGCUAUCCCAGAAGCCAGAACAGCAAGAGGGAUUGCUGCUUUCACUGCAUAGCGAUCCCUCUUGCUGUUGUGGCUUCGGAGAUUCAGAAUAUUUUUUUUCUUGUUUUCCUCCUCCAAAAACUAGGUGCGUCUUGUGGUCUGGUGCGUCUUAUAGAGCGAAAAAUACGGUAAUAAUAUCCAAAAUAAAGGUGCAAGAAAUGAACAGUGACAACAGCAACAACCAUUCCCACAACAGUUGCUCCCUCUAAAAAUACCCUAGUCCAAGAUAUAUAUGUAUAAAUUAAGAUAUAUGUAACUUGAAGGUGGUGGCAUUUUCUUCCUCAUUCAGGGUCCCAUGGCCUUUGAAGAAGUGGCCGUGUGUUUCACCGAGGAGGAGUGGGCCCUGCUGGAUCCGGGCCAAAGGGCUCUGCACGGGGAAGUGCAACUGGAGAAUUACUGGAACGUGGCCUCUCUGGGUAAGGGCCACGCUUUGUUAAGUUCCAACAAUUUGUUAUAAUACAAUACAGCUUUUAAAAAUGCAGUCAUAAAAUAUAGAGUGGAUCUUGAAAAUAUGUCAGGUGUCCAAGGCAUAUGAUGAAAACUAUAUACAGUGGUAACUUGGUUCUUGAACUUAAUCCAUUCCGGGAGUCUGUUCCAACCCCUGAAACCUUUCGGAAACCAAGACGUGGCUUCUGAUUGGCUGCAGGAGCUUCCUGCACUCAAGCGGAAGCCACGUCAGACGUUUGGCUUCUGAAAAACGUUCCCAAACCAGAACACUUACUUCCGGGUUUACGGUGUUUGGGAGCCAAUUUGUUCUGGAGCCAAGCCUUUCGAGUACCAAGGUACCACUGUAAUGAAGUUGCCAGACACACUUCUGUAAGGAGGGAGUUCUACAGCUUAUUGUCUGCCACCAUCACUAUCCUGAGCUUCAGGGGGUGCGCUUCUUGGAGGUCUGUAGGAAAGGAGGCAGUUUUUCAUAUAUUUGGGGCCUGAAUCAUUUAUGGCUUUAAACACAAGCAUGAGUACCUUGAAUUGAGCCUGGGAAUUAACCCGUUGCAUGGUACCCAGUGCAGAUCGGAACUGUAAGUAAAGCAUUUUAAACUUACUUAGCAGUGUGUGGUCUGUUCAUUGCAAAAGGGGUAGAUCAGCUUACAUGCACCUGAGAUGGGAUAAAGAAAUGCAGCUGUUUGAAAACAUGUGUUAUAUGAGAUUUAAAUGGAACCCUAGGCAGUAAUUUGGCCGCUGCAGUUUGGACCAGUUGAAGUUUCUAAGUCAUCUUCAACUGCAGCCCCAAUCAAAUCUGGACAGCACAGUCUAGGAACUUGGAUGUGUAGAGCAGUUCUAAGUCUUUGGAAGGAAUGUGGAAGCAGAACCACACCUGUACGACGCAUUCUCUGCAGCAAUAAAUUUGGCAUGAUGGGGGAUGAAAAAAAUACUUCCUCCUUGUUCCCCUGCUUUGUCCGCUAACCAAGUUUCUCUCUCUGUAUUCCAGAAGGUGAUGAGUGGGAGCAUAAGACUGAUGAAGGGACAUAUGGAGAGUUGUCGGAAAGGAACAAGAAUCUAGAAAUGGAAGAGGAGAUUGGAGAUCAAGUUGAGCCAGAAAAGCAGGAAGGAAAUCAAACAGAGAUGUGGAUGAACGAAUCUGUUACAUGGCAGGGUGACAAUUUCCCCGAAAUCUUAGUUCAGCAGGGAAAACAGAAAGGGCAAAGAAAAAAUGUCUGUCCGGUAUGUGGGAAAAGCUUCAAUCGCAAGUCAGACCUUAAUGUUCAUUGGAGAAUCCACACAGGAGAGAAGCCAUACAAAUGCUUGGAGUGUGGAAAGAGUUUCCGGCAGCUAGCAAGCUUCUCAUCACAUCAAAGAAUUCAUACGGGAGAAAGACCAUAUAAGUGUUCCGAGUGUGGAAAGGGAUUUUACGACAAAUCGAGCCUGGUCAUCCACCAAAGAAUCCACACAGGGGAGAAACCAUAUCAGUGCUUGGUAUGUGGAAAAGGCUUCCAUCAAAGCUUCGGCCUGACUUCCCACCAAAGAAUCCACACCGGGGAGAAACCGUACGUUUGCUCGGAAUGCGGGAAGAGCUUCUACGAUAAGCCACACCUUACUAGACACCAAAGAAUCCACACCGGGGAGAAACCAUAUACUUGUACGGAAUGUGGAAAGAGCUUCAGCCAAAUCACGAGCUUCACUUCCCAUCAGAGAAUCCACACCGGGGAGAGACCCUUCAUGUGCUCGCACUGCGGGAAGAGCUUUUACGACAAGUCCAACCUUCUCACACACCAAAGAAUCCACACCGGAGAGAGACGAUAUGAGUGUCAGGAGUGUGGGAAGACCUUCAGUCAGAAAAAGAGCCUCACCUCCCAUCAAAGCAUACACACAGGAGAGAAACCGUAUCAGUGCCCGGAGUGUGGGAAGUAUUUCAGGCAGCAAACGGACCUUACUUCACACCAGAGAAUCCACACUGGGGUGAGACCUUUCCAGUGUCUGGAAUGUGGGAAGAGGUUUUACAGAAAAGCGGAUCUAAACAGACACCAAAAAGUUCACGCUGGGGUUGGGAGACCCAUCAUUGCUUGGAGCGUUGAAAUGGCUUCAGAUGGCGUAUCCAUCUUAUGCCCUCUAGGGGAAUUCACAGAGGAAAGCCAGUGUAUGGCUUCUGAGAUUAAGCAAGAACCCUGUUGCUAGCACAGCCCUUAUUAGCCAUCAGAGAACCCACACAGGGAAUUCAACUCCUCUGCCCCAAAUGAAUACUUGGGAGUGUUGGGGAACGUAAAAGAAGCUUUCGGAGAAUUGAAAAGCUUGCUGACUUAUUUUGUGACAUUUCAGUUGGCCCAAAGAAAGGUUUUGCCUUACUGUGGACUUCUUAUUUUGUACUUCCAUUUUUAAGAUUUCUGUAAAAAGAAAGUUUUCAUACUAUUCUGAACAAACGGAUGAAAGCUUCAAGUCUGGCAGAUGCAAGAGUUAACCACGAUACAGAUUGUGAAACUGGUUUUGGACCAUGGUUUCUGUUGGACCAGCUUCUCAUAUGAGCACGCUUGGAGAUCAAGGUCAUCUACGUAGGCCCUCUUGCCAAUUCCAAACCUACGCCUGGGGAGGGGCCUUCCUCUGUAGCCACACCCUCCCCAUGGAGAUUUCACAGAACCGUAGAGUUUGAAGGGACCGCGGGGACCACCUAGUCCAACCCCCUGCAAUGCAGGAAUGUUUUUUCCCAGCGUGGGACUUGAACCCUUGGCCCUUAGAUUAAGAGUCUCAUGCUGUACCAACUGAGCUAUCCGAGGUGAUUUGUCCCUCCUCUCUGAUUCCUGGCCUUUCCUUGCAGUGUUAAGACCAGCCUUAUGUUUAAGCACUAGCCUGAUAGCCUUAGGAGACAAGGAAUUGUGGGCAGGCAAGUGAGGGGGGCAGUAUUCUGUACCCUCUCUGAGUUCAGCACAAAAUGCAAGUGGGUUGUCAGAGGAGGGGUGGGGGUUUCUGGCACUAUUUCCAGCCCAGCAUGAUGGUAAGAAAAUAAUAGUGGCAGACCAGUAAUUUUUGUGAACUUAUUUAUAAGGCCAGUUUAUUUUAGGGAGGUCUUCAGCGUUUGGAGGUUGGAUUUGAUUGAUUGAUUGAUAUGCCAUAAUUGAUAUAUAAUCUUUGUGGGAUAUUUUCAAUGUUACUUCCUUCUUUUUCUUCUAGAUAUUGCAUGGCCAUGAUUGCAUAAGUAACAUACAUAUUUGGUUUACACGCCUUGUAUUUUCACAAAGCAUCUUCACUGCAGCAUUUUUUUAAUCUCUUAGGAUGGGGUGGGAGAGGAGGCAAAAUGGAAAGCUGUUUGUGAAGUUUGUUUUUGUACCUUUCUGCUUUCUGUUUGGUGCUGUCUUCUCCUUUUUUUGUGUACAGUGGUACCUCGGGUUACAUACGCUUCAGGUUACAUAGGCUUCAGGUUACAGACUCCGCUAACCCAGAAAUAUUACCUUGGGUUAAGAACUUCGCUUCAGGGUGAGAACAGAAAUCGUGCUCCAGCGGCACGACGGCAGCAGGAGGCCCCAUUAGCUGGUGCUUCAGGUUAAGAACAGUUUCUGCUUAAGUACGGCCCUCCGGAACGAAUUAAGUACUUAACCCGAGGUACCACUGUAAUCAAUUUAUAUUGAAAGUUUUCAACAUCAAAUAAUAAUAAUAAUAAUAAUAAUAAUUUAUUAUUUACACGCUGGCUGGGUUUCCGCAGCCACUCUGGGCGGCUCCCAACAGAAUCUUAAAAACAUGAUAAAACAUCAAUAAAAGCUUCCCUAAACAGGGCUGCUGUCAGAUGUCUUCUAAAAGUCAGAUACAGUGGAACCUUGGUUGUCGAACGCUUCGAAGCUGAACAAUUUGGAACCUGAACACCGAUAAUCCGGAAGUGAAUGCUUCAAACGAUUUUCAGAAGCCGAGCAGCUUCCAAGCCGCAUUUUUCAUUUUUUCCCAUUGACUUUGCAGCCAGCCCAUUGAUCCUCAGUUUUUGAACUUUUUGGAAGUUGAACGAUUUUCUGGAAUAGAUUUAAGUUCGAAAACCGAGGUUCCACUGUAGUUGUUUAUUUUCUUGAUAUCUGAUGGGAGGGCGUUCCACAGGGCGGGCGCCACCACCGAGAAGGCCCUCUGCCUGGUUCCCUGUAACCUCACUUCUCUCAGUGAGGGAACUGCCAGAAGGCCCUCGGAGAUGGACCUCAGUGUCCAGGCUGAAACUAAUAUAAAAAAGGGAAAAGAGCAAGAAUAACAAAAGCAAGACAAUAAAGAUGGAAAAGAAGAAAAAGGGACUAUAAAGCCCUCUAUUAAAAUGAUUUCUUCAUCCUUAUUCCACACAAAGAAGAGUUCUGAACCCUCCCAGCUCUCACAAAGAAUCAUAAAAUUGGAAGGGACCCUGAGGAUAAUCUAGUCCAACCCCCUGCAAUGCAGGAAUACGCAGCUGUCCCGGACGGGGAUCGAACCUGCAACCUUGGUAUCAUCAGCAUCACGCUCUAACCAACUGAGCUAUCCAGGCUCCCUCUAUAACUGAUACAUAACCUUUGUGGGAUAUUUCACUGUUGCUUCCCCACACCCCCAAAUCGCGCUAUUUCUGGCUUGUUGAUUUUGUUCUCUUCCUUUUGAAAUACUUCUUGUUUGUGCUUGCAUAUGUUGUUGCUUUUAAUUGCAUAUUAUUAUUAUUAUUAUCUUCAUCAUCAUCAUCAUCAUUUUCCUUAGCAGCAUUGAACUAUAUAUGGAAAGGAAAGGCAUAAGCAUUGAAAGCAAAUCAAUAAAGGAUAACUUAUGGACACACGAGUUCUUUACUGUGUGAGAAGGGAGGAUCAGAUGCCCUCAGGGCUCUUUGGGCUUUCUUGGGACACCUGGAAUGGUUGAGAGGACGGCCCACUCCUGAGGGAUGUAGGGUCUGCAAGGUAGCGACUCCGCAACUCCUAUUGGCUGCUGGAGCACAGCUGCUCUGUUGAAAUGCAUUCAUCACCAAACGGCUAUAGGUAGUCUAGUACUAUCGCAUCUAAUGCGGGG